AUGGCUACAGAGCAGUGGUUUCUGGAGCCGCUACCCCCAGGUCCUGGGGAAACACCACCCCCAGAGGACUUGGAACCUGGAGCGCCGCCCUGCGGAAACCAUUCGUGGUCAACGUCCCCUGACAGGCCUGCGGACCCCGCUGAACUGGAGCCCGAGGAUGCUCAGGGUCCCCUGCCAGAGGUCCCUGCCUCCACUUCGUCCCCGGAGUCUGUAACUCCGGGACCCGAAUUGGCUGCUUCAGGCCUACCCCUAGAAACCAUGUUCAGCCCCAUCACCGACCAGCUCCACUAUCUACUGAAGAAGGCAGAUGAUUUCCAGAGCUACUUGCUUUACAGCAGGGACAGAGUACAGAAGGAACAGCUGGCAAAGGCCAUGCCCACUUUCUUAAAGAUGUGUGGGCCCUACUUCCUGUACCUGGAGGCGGCUGCUCGGAGUGUACCCCCCAUUUAUGGAGCCCUGCAGGAGUUCAUUCGAAAGGGGCUGUUAGAGAUCUCCCAACAGCUGACCCUGCGUCUAGAACAGCUGGUCCUCAUGUAUGCGUCCUUUGGGUUUGUAAACCUGGAAGAGACUGACCCUCUGAGCAUCUCCUGUUUCUUCUGUGGGAGAUUUUCCCUUAGCCCUUCCCAUGAGGUAUCCAUCUUCAGAUACUGCGCCCCAGCUGCCUACACGGCCAGCCGCUUCCCCAGAUACCUCUACAAGAAGAUGCGCUGGAACCUGGAGAAGACCCCAGAGCCCAGCAGCCGGGAACAAGAUUCCCAUGUGGAUUACUACUUCUUGUGCUAUCGAGACACAUGGGAAGACACAGGCAAGAGUCCAGCAAACUCCUGCGCCCAGAUCCAGAAGCUGUGGUCCAUUGGACGAUGGGUGCCCCUAGGACCUAUCGACGAUGAUCUUUACUCAUGGAUUUUGUGCCCGCAGCCCCCUGGGGACUACCAGCAGCUGCUGACCAUCGGCUUCGAGGAGCCAUCGCACAUGCUGGCCACUGACUUGCUGGUGCAGAUCCUCACUGGCCAGGCAGGCACUGUCCGGUCCCCGAGUGCGGCGGGGCCCACGGCGUGGGCUGCGCAGGGAUCUUGA